AUGGUUAUGUCCUGCAAAAUAAAAAGAGCGAUUAAAUAUGAGUUUCGUGUAACCAUUGGUACAAAAGUAGCCGAAGGACACCCAAAUUAUCAAUUGAUGUAUGAUAUGCUCACUGGCAUUCGGAUUGCGGUUGGAAGAGUUUCAGCCAAGAUGCAGAGAAACCUAACACAAGAUGACUUUAAUGCGGCUCAUAAACUUGCCUUUGAUGCGACGGGUAAUGAAUUAACACCAGGCGUAAAGUAUGACUUCAAAUUUAAAGACUAUGCACCUUGGGUAUUCAGGCACCUUCGAGAAAAGUUUCAUAUUGAUGCAGCAGAUUACCUAAUGUCGUUGACCAAUAAGUAUAUACUGAGUGAGAUCGUAUCACCUGGAAAGAGCGGGAGCUUCUUUUAUUAUUCAAGAGAUUACCGAUUCAUUAUAAAAACGAUCCAUCAUUCCGAGCAUAAAUUCAUGAGAAAGAUACUGAAACAAUAUUACGAGCAUGUCUGUAAUAAUCCAAACACUUUACUAUGUCGAUUUUAUGGUUUACACAGAAUCAAAUUACCAAGAGGAAGAAAGAUUCACUUUGUGAUCAUGGGAAACGUACUUCCACCCAAUAAGGACAUUCAUGCAACGUUUGAUCUCAAGGGCUCAACGUUUGGUAGAUUGACAUCAGAAGAAGAAAUCAAAAAGAACCCAAGAGCAGUAUUAAAAGAUCAAAAUUGGGUCAAGAGAAAUGAAAAAAUGGAGCUCGGCGAAAGAAAGAGAGUGCUGUUCUUGACUCAGUUAGAGAGAGACGUUGAUACCCUACGUAGGCUCAACAUUAUGGAUUAUAGUCUUUUAGUGGGCAUACAUGAUAUCAAAAAGGGAAACACGGAAUGUAUUAGAAACCAAAGCUUGCAUAUUGUUACACCCAAGGCUGACGAGAGAGAAAAACGAUUGACUAAACGUACAAGGUCAGAUGUGAUGCGUAGAGCAAGAAGGAAUACAAAUACAGUUAGCCUUGAAUCUGUUGAGCUGCCUUCUAGUCCAUCCGAAGAUCGAAAAUGGUGUAUAUUUUAUGCAGACGACGGUGGUUUCCAAUCAAGUGAUGAACAAGACAAGCCACUGGAUAAGCUAUACUAUGUUGGAAUCAUUGAUAUCCUAACACCAUACAACAUUGCCAAAAAGGCUGAGCACAUCUGGAAAAGUAUCACACAAGACAAAACUGGCAUCUCUGCUGUUCCUCCAGUCAUUUAUGGUAAACGAUUCUUAAAUUUUAUGAUACAAGCAGUUGGCUCUUCCUUGAAAAAGAAGGUGUAAGCAUUGUAAAUAAGCACUUUUUUCUGUAUAUAAAAAAAUAAACAAUGAAACAAAAAAAAACUUGGUCAUAC